AUGGGUGACUACUCGAAAGCACUUGAAUUUUAUGAAAAAUCACAUCAAAUCUACGAAAAAGCUCUGCCUCCGAAUCACCCUCAUUUGCCUAUUUCCUACAACAACAUCGGUCAAGUGUAUAACAAAAUGGGUAACUACUCGAAAGCACUUGAACUUUACGAAAAAGCACAUAAAAUCUUUGAAAAUGCUCUGCCUUCAAAUCAUUCCCAUUUGGCUAUUUCCUACGGCAACAUCGGUGGAGUGUAUAACGACAUGGGUGACUACUCGAAAGCACUUGAAUUUUACGAAAAAUCACAUAAAAUCUACGAAAAAGCUCUGCCUCCAAAUCAUCCCGAUUUGGCUACUUCCCACAACAACAUCGGUCUCGUGUAUAACAACAUGGGUGACUAUUUGAAAGCACUUGAAUUUUAUGAAAAAUCACAUCAAAUAAGAGAAAAAGCUCUGCCUCCGAAUCACCCUCAUUUGGCUGGUAGUCACUUGAAUUUCGCAGCAUGUUACGAAAGAAUGGGUGAUUACGCCGCAGCUCUUAAGGCUCUUCGAAGUGCUUUUCAAAUUCAACAACAAGCAUUUCAAGAAGGUAAUCCAGCUUUUGCUUCAACAUAUAAUUGGUUCGGAAGAGUUUAUCGCAAUCUAAAAACGUUUCCUGAAAAACAUCCCUAUCAGGCUGUUACUUAUAGUAAUAUUGGUGAUGUUCAUCGAUUAAUGAGUAAUUAUGAAAAGGCACUUGCAUUUCAUCAAAAAGCAUUAAAUAUUCAAGAAAAUGUUCACUGUAAUCCUCUGGAAUGUGCAACGACAUAUAUAAAUUUAGGUGAAACUUAUCGUGAAAUGAAAAAUUAUUCAACAGCAUUGACAUAUUUCGAAAAAGGAUUAGAAAUACGUGAGAAGAAAUUACCAAAAAAUCAUCCUCAUUUAGCUGUAGUUUUUCAUAAUAUGGCAAAAUUAUAUUUAUCUACUCGACAAUAUAAUAUGGCAAUGAAAAAUACUCAACAAGCAGUUGAAAUAGCUCAAGAAAAAUUACCUUCAACUCAUCCUCAUUUUUUGGAAUAUAAAGAAACAUUUGAAAAAAUUCGAAAGAAAAUGUAA